AUGGCAGAGGCCAAGCCUCGCCUUGACCUUGUUCCCUCCUCCCCACUCCACCUCUCCUGUUCUCCAACACAGGAGGCAGCAGGGCAGGCAGUGUACUUCGUGGUGGUGCUGCAUCAGCUGCGGCUGGUGGUCGUGGCAGUGAGAGGCACGGAGUCUCUAGAAGACAUGAUUAUUGAUGGGCUGGGGAGAGAAUGUCCACUCAGUGACGCUGAUAUGGGAGGGAUUGACAGGUCCGAGCUCCACCCCCCUCUGGUAACGGACAGACUGGUGCCUUACUUUGGCCAUGCGGGGGUGGUGACAGCAGCACGCGAUCUGGCUCUGCAGCUUGAUAACAUGGGGGAUGGGGGAGACGAGGAGGGGGAUGGGAUUCAAGGAAAGGCAGGGAGCGUGGAGGAUGGGGGAGGGGAUGAAGAGGAGGGGUCGCUACUGGGGCACAAGGAGAGGAAGCGACCGAGAAGAGCAGCACGCGAUCUGGCUCUGCAGCUGGAUAACAUGGGGGAUGGGGGAGACGAGGAGGGGGAGGGGAGAAGGGGGGUCGUGGAGGGGAAAGGAGGGGGCGUGGAGGAUGGGGGAGGGGAUGAGGAGGAGGGGUCGCUACUGGGGCACAAGGAGGGGAAGCGGUUGAAAAGAGGGAUUCUAUCAGAGCUACUAGGGGAGGGCGGCGAGUGCGAGGGGUAUGGCCUGCGACUCGUGGGGCACUCCAUGGGAGGUGCUGUGUGCAGCCUCACUGCCAUCCGGUUAAGAAGGCGGUUUCCUGAGCUGAAGGCGAUAGGCUAUGGGCCCAUGCCCUGUGUGGACUUCGCCACUGCCUCUCUCCUUGUGAUAACUCAAACCCCCUAUUGCAACCCUUCAUCUUCCAUCCAGUUGGAAAAGCGGUUCCCUGAGCUGCGGGCGAUAGGCUAUGGGCCCAUGCCCUGUGUGGACUUCGCCACUGCUUCUAUUGAGUUGAGAAAGCGGUUUCCUGAGCUGCGGGCGAUAGGCUACGGCUCGAUGCCCUGUGUGGACUUCGCCACUGCCUCUGCCUGCUCCAACUUCAUAACCACCUUUGUGUAUAAUGACGAAUUUCCCCCGCGCACGUCUGUAACGUCAGUCAUGCGCCUGCGAGAAGCAGCGCUCACAGCCCCCUCCCUCUCACCUGUACCCUUCCCCCCUUCCCUCCCGUUCCGCCCUCCCCCUCUCACGUCUGUAGCAUCAGUCAUGCGCCUGCGAGCGGCAGCGCUCCGGGCUGUAGCAGCCGACACGCGUGCAGGCGGGCUCCUGGGCACGGCUGUAGCGGCAGUGGGGCCUGGGACUCAGAGGCGUCACUGCAGCAUCCCACUCCCCCGCUUACAGCAAUUUCCCCGUCUCCCCUGCAUUUUCCCUGUCUCCCAAUCUCUCCUUUCCCCAACCCCCUACAGCUUCGUAUAUAAUGACGAGUUCUCUCCGCGUACGUCUGUAGCGUCAGUCAUGCGCCUGCGAGCAGCAGCGCUCCGGGCUGUAGCAGCAGACACGCGCGCAGGCGGGCUGCUGGGCACGGCUGUAGCGGCAGUGGGGCCUGGCGCGCAGGCAGGAUCAGCUGGAAUGAGGGCUGCUGCAGUGGAUCGGCUAUUGUCUCGCCUCUUCACUCUGCCGCAAUGGAAGGGGUUGGGUAUUAUUCCCACUGUCAAACGUGCUCGUGCCACUGGUGGUGCUGCUGCUGGUAGUGCUGCUGCUGCUGGUGGUGGUGGUGCUGCUGCUGCUCCUUCUGCUGCUGGGGCUGCUAACGCGUCUAGUGCUGUGGCUCCUUCUGGUGCUGGUGCUGUUGCUGCUGCAGGUGGGUCUAGGCUGACAGGAUACGCCAGGGAGGAUUAUGCUUCCCUGAUCGAGUAUUGCCAGGCUAAGGGGGAUAAGGGCGCACAGGAUUGGCUGAGAGAAAACGUCAUGCCAUGUCAUCAGAGGAAGAAGAGAUAUCUGUGGGGAAGGUGGGGAGGGAGGAGAGGGUGGAAGGGGAGGGAUGAGGAGGGGGAGAAUGGGGGUCACGGGGAAGGAGUGGGGAGGAGUGGCGUGAGGGAGAGAGGUGUGAGGGACAGUGGAGAGCGGUUAGAGGGAGUGCAGGAGGUGGAAAGCAAACCACAGCGGAAAAACGAGAGUGCUUAUAUGGGGGACUCUGCUAUUGGGGGAUUGAAUAUUGGGGCUUCCAAGCCCGGCCUCAAACCUAGCGGCAAACCUAGCCUCGGAAGGUCGAUCUCCGACCUUUCCUUUGUGAGAGGCUCGGUAGGGGUGGCUGGGUUUGUUGUCUCCGCCAGCCAGCACGGGCACUGCCGCACCAAGAUUGAACUCCUAGGGCAGCAAGAUGGUGCUGCUGCUGCUGCUCCUUCUGGUGAUAGUGCAAGCGAGCUUGCCCACUCCCACACCAAGAUCGAACUCCCAGCGCAACAAGAUGGUGCAGAUGCUGCUGCUGCUGCUGCUGCUGCUGCUGCUGCUGCUGCUGCUGCUGCUGCUGCUGCUGCUGCUGCUGCUGCUGCUGCUGCUGCUGCUGCUGCUGCUGCUGCUGCUGCUGCUGCUGCUGCUGCUGCUGAUAACGAUGCUGCUGGUGCUGCUGCUGCUGCUGCUGCUGAUAACGAUGCUGCUGCUGCUGCUGCUCCUUCUGGUGAUAGUGCAAGCGAGCACGCCCGUUCCCGCACCAAGCAUGAGUUCCCAGGGCAGCAGAGUUUUGAGCCGCCAGCAGAUGAUGCUGUUGGCACUGCUGCUGCUGCUGGUGCUGAUAACGAUGCUGCUGGUGCUGCUGGUGCUGCUGCUGCUGCUGGUGCUGCUGGUGCUGGUGUUGGUGCGGGUGGUGGUGGUGCUGCUGCUGCUGCUGCUGCUGCUGCUCCUUCUGCUGCUCCUGCUUCUCCUCCUGCUCCUCCUGCCACCACCACUCAUUCACGCGCUCUUCCUCCCCUCCCUCCUGCUAUUGGUGGUGGUGGUGCUUCUGCUUCUGCUUCUGCUGCUGCUGCUGCUGCUGCUGCUGCUGCUGCUGCUGCUGCUGCUGGUGGUGCUGCUGGUGCUGGUGUUGGUGCGGGUGGUGGUGGUGCUGCUGCUGCUGCUGCUGCUGCUGCUCCUUCUGCUGCUCCUGCUUCUCCUCCUGCUCCUCCUGCCACCACCACUCAUUCACGCGCUCUUCCUCCCCUCCCUCCUGCUACUGCCGCCCCUCCCUCCCUCCCAGCAGCACGCGCUAGCAGCAGCGACGCUGUUGGGAGGGCGGAUAGUGAUGGGAGCGGAUGCAGAGGAAGCAAUGAGGAAGCUUCUGUUGGAUUGUCAGCUGAUGCCGCAUCUCCUGGUGAUGCCGCCUCUGCUGAUGCAAGCACUGGGGAGGGUGGCUGCAGGGAAGGCAGCAGCGCAACAAAUUCACAGCAGCAGAAUCACAAGGCAACACCAGAGAACCCCUCAGCAGCAGCAUCGCCCCACAAGCUCCCUCCCUUGCAUCACGGCCGCAUGAAACGGUCCCUCUCUCUCCUCUCCCACCUCCCCCGCCGCAGCAGCAGCGCCAACGACGUUGCAGCCGCUGCGGCCGAUUCUGACGGCGGUGGUAGCGGCGGCAGCAGUGGGGGUGGCUGGGGUGGUUUAGGAGGAGGAAGAGGCGAUCAAAAGAUUGGUGCUGCUGGUUCUGCUUCUGGUGGUGGUGCUGGUGCAAGGAGGAGUGCGAGUGGCGGUGCUGGUAACCGCAUGCGAGGGGGUGUAACGCAUGUCAGGAGCCGGCCGGCUUGGCUGGUGGAGCAGGAGCAGGAGUUCCCAGGGGAGGUGUAUGUGCUGGGAAAGGUUGUGCAUAUAGUGAGGGAAGAGGUUCGACCUGCCACGUCAGCAGUGCGUGUAGCGAGCGAGGAUAAGGGUGCCACGUCAGCAGUGCGGACAGUGAAGGAUGAUAAGGGUUCCACGUCAGCGGCUGGCCCGCCUGAGGCUGACGCGGCGUCGGUGAGGAUCGAUGUGGGGAAUGGCAAUGAGGGUGCGAUCUGCAUUGACAUUAUCGAAGCUGAUUGUAACGGAGGAGUGCGACAAAAUGGGAAUGGAUCGGCGAGAAGCAAGGAUGAUGGGUGUGAGGGGGUUGAGAGGGGUGAGGGGGGUGAGAGGGGUGAGAAGGAUGAGAAAGGUGAGGGGGUCGAGAGGGUUGAGGGGAAUGAGGGGGUUGAGAAGGAUAGCACAGCCAGGGGUUCAAGCAAUGGUGAUCGAGAAGCGAGGGGUGUGGACGAAAUGCAAGGCGUUAUGCAAGGCGGAAUGCAAGGUGGGUCACAGGAGGAGAGGGUGUUGGAGGCAGCAGCAGCUAAGCCAGGGUUGCUGGAGUCGUUUCGGUCGCUGGCAGGCAACCCCUUUGCCUCCUCACGCCACCGCGCGCGCUUCUUCCCCCGGGAGUCGCUGAGGGAUCUUCUCGUCUCGCCCUCCAUGUUCCUCGACCACCUACCUUGGAGGUACACCCUGCUUCUACGGUAUUUUAUCAUUUCUUGA